UGUUCAGACUGUUUCUUAGUUCCUUAGUUGCCAGAAAAGCCUGAUUCAAGUUACUGUCCAGAUUCUGGGCCAUAGUCAGAUUUCUGCAAAGAUGUAUCAAUGGGCUUAACUUUAAGCAGGAUUGUUUCCAGCAGAAUGGUACCACUUGCCUUUCCUCUAUCCAAGUGUGCACUUUGGGAUCCAACACCCAUAGGAGAUGUUAUUGGCUCGCACCUCAGUUUUUACAGAAACCCUAGAUUAUUAAUGAUGGAGAAGACACUGCGUCUUGCCUACCGCCAUGCUAAACAAAGUGAAAAAAAGUUAUUUUCCUGUUUUUUGCUUGGAACUCUUGCAGUGGAUGAAGAUGGUGAAGGUGUGUCAUUGACAAUAGACCGAUUUGAUCCUGGUCGAGAAGUAACUGGUGGCUUAGAGAAAGUCCCAACUGCACCUCUUCCUGGAGACUUCUUGAUUCCUUGUACAGUUAAUGCUUGGGGAUCUUCUUCAGGAGAUAUUGUAGUGCACAGUUCUGAGGACCUGAGCUUGGCUUUUAAGAGUCUGGGGCAGAAUCUGUGCAGUAGAGAUUCUUUGGAUCUUUCCAAACUGCUUACUGUUAGAACUCAUAUUGCUUCUGUUGAGAACAUGGACGACCUACAUUUUGACUUUCACUGGGCAGCCAUUACUAUGGCUAAUACCUUGGAAUAUACUCCUGUGAAAUCUGUCCCAAUCAUCCCUACAGCCCUGGCAAGAAACUUGAGCAGCCACAUGAAUAUUGCACAAGUUCAGGGGACCUACAAGUGUGGAUACCUUACAAUGGACCAAACCCGAAAACUGCUUCUGGUGUUGGAAUCUGAUCCCAAAGCUUGUUCUUUGCCAUUAGUUGGAGUUUGGCUGAGCGGCAUUACCCAUGUCUACAGUCCACAGGUCUGGGCCUGUUGCCUGCGAUAUUUGUUUAGUUCUUCAAUUCAAGAAAGAGUGUUUUCAGAGUCUGGGAGUUUCCUUAUCACACUCUAUUCUCUGACGCAUAAGGAACCAGAGUUCUACGAGUGUCUUCCUUGCAGUGGACAAACUGAACUAGGGUUCCAACUGCUAACCAGCAAAGAAACUAUACACCUCUUUAGAAACGUUGAACCUUCAGACAAGCAUCCUAUCCUGUUUGAACUGAAUGCGGAAAAACAGAAUGCAGAAACUGAGUUCUUCAGUAAAGUUUCCAAGACUCUUUCUGUUAGAAGUCCUCUGCAAGGCUUCUCCCCUAACAAACUGUCAGUAAGUGAUCAUGACUCUGGUGUGGAAGAUGAAGACUUAUCUCCAAGACCAAUUCCAAGCCCCCACCCAGUGAGUCAGCAGGUUACUAGUAUUCAUCCUUCAGUUCCUGAACUAUCCCUCGUCUUUGAUGGUAGCUUCAUAGAAUCAGCACCAAUGUCUAAACCUGUGGAAAAUCUGAAUGCCAAAAAUCUACCACCACUAGUGCGUCCAUCUGUGAAAAAGAACUGUUCAGCAGGACCUUUGUCCAACCAAAAACAUUGCUCUGGUAAUGAUAGGCCAAACUUCGGCACCCCUUCUGGCAAUCUGUCUUUGAAGCUAUUACCCAACCAGCUAAACCCGAAAAUUCCAACUUUGAAAUCUUGCAGAGGAAAGCAGAUUUCUCUACAACAGCCAAACUGUUGGAAAGGUGGACCUCAAACAAGAAAAAAAUGUGGAUCUUCUUCCUCUUCUUCAACACCAGGCAGUGGGCCUUCUCCUGAUACAUCUGUACAUCAGCCAAGGGUGCCAUCUGAGAGACUUGCAUCAAAUCUUGAUGGAGCCACGCAAAGAAAAGAGGAACAUUCAGUAAGGAGACCUUCGACAUCCAGUUCUAAGCAGCCACUUGCUGCCUUACAGCCUUUCCAAUACAACUUUGGUUUUUCACCCCAGAACUCAAGAAAACCGACAGAUCUACAACUGCCAGUUCCUCAGGUGUCAUCUUGUUAUCCAGCCAACAUAUGCAGCUGUUGUCACCUUCAUGGACACAUCCAGUACUGUCCAACAAAUGCUUGGCAAGGGAUCAGUAAAAUAGGGCCCAAUCAUGCACUAGAAAUCCAGUCUGAUGUCCCUCAAGAGAGUACCCAAGCAAUUCUCCGUCAAAAUUUCGCUUGUCCAAACAUUUGCUGCAGUCCAGUAUGUACCAUAAAUAGCCCAAUAUCCCUAGGGUAUGGGAAAAUGGGGGCUUGUUCUUCUCAUGAUAACAGCUUAUCGCCUGGAGUGAGACUUCCUUCCUGUUCAAGCCCUUGCAGUCCACCGUGUUGUGCUUCACAUUCACCAUGCACCCAUAUUCCUGCCCCUGUAGUGGGAUCAGAUCAUGGAACGAUGGGACUAUCUCCUGAUGCCUAUAGGAUUCUUGCAGACCAAGAUAGACAACUAAAAUUACUCCAAGCUCAGAUCCAACGUUUGUUGGAAGCACAGACUCUUCACCCCUGCUCCACUAAAACUGUUACAGCUAAUAAUACCCUGCAGUCUGAGAAGCAAGUGGAAUUUGUCACCAUGGAAACACAGUCAUCCCCAAAUUUACAAAUGAGAAAAAGCGUGAGCAUUGCUGUGAGCACAGGUGCUAGUUUAUUUUGGAAUGCACCGUGUGAAAGACAAGAAGACUCUGUGUCUCAAGUCAAAAAAGAUGCUACUGAAAUUUCUAAGGGAGAUAUGAGCAUUUCAGUUAACACUGAGCAAGAAGCAAGUAAUACAAGCAUUGCCUCCUCAUUAAACGCUGUUGACAUACCCAGUUUUGUAGAGAGUAUCCAUGUGGCAGAAAGAACUAAUCCAGCAGUAUUCCGGAAUGAGCCAGUUUCUCCAGCAUUAGCUCCACAUUCCUUGUUGGGAGAAAGUGUUAGCAUGUGUUUACAGAUGGGACCAACAGAGGGAGCUAAUAACCACGUGGUGGUAACAAAUGAACAGGAGCUGCCAGCUGUCCCAUCACUGCCUAGUCACCCUUCAGAGGAUCAGAAGUUUUACCAGGAUAUAUUGGGUCAAGUCAAUCGUUUCUUACAGUCUUCCUCUGAAGAAAGCAAACACCUUUCUGUGAAAGAGGAGAUGGUCAGCAGCAAUAGUACCAUAUCACAAAAUAAUAAUGGUGCAAAGAAAACAAAUUCAGAACCUGACCCAGGUCUGGCAAAUAAAGACAGUGUGGUUAGUGCAACCCUUAAGCAAUUAAGGACUCUUGGAGUGAAUAUUGAAUCACCUGACAAAAUGAAGAAAAGGAUGCACAAAGUGGAGAAUGCCAGCAUAUUAGCCUGCAUAAAUCCUGAAGCAGUGAUCCCUGGACUUAAUUACAUGUCAUUCGCUAAUGUGAGUAUGAGCGGCUUAACUCCAAAUGUAGUUGAUCUCAGCAUGGAAGCAAAUGCGAUAGCACUCAAGUAUCUAAGUGAAAAUCAGCUCUCUCAACUUUCCCUUAAUCACUCGAGCCAAACAAGCCCUGUAGAUUCAUCCUUGCAAAACCUCUUGCAUACAAAUAUGGACAAGAGCAUGGUGGGCCUUAGCUUAAUUUCACCAAACAAUAUGUCCUUUGCAACAAAGAAGUAUAUGAAGAGAUAUGGACUCAUUCAAAGCAAUGAGAGCAGUGAUGACGAGGAGGAUCUGCAGGUUCAGAACAGCAGGAUCAAUGUUGGCAAGAGUGAAAAUAUGUCGGAGCCAAAGGUUGAGCCUGCGUUGGAAGGUUUUAAAGGCUGGAAAGAGCAUUCUGAAAGAGUUGGUGAACGAUCACCGGCUAAUAUAAAAUCAUAUGACAGUGAGUCAGCCAGCACUCCUCUGACAAACUCAUGCAGUCCUGUAUUAAGAAAUAUUACAAAUGAAAUCUUUCCUCCAAAAGUACUUCAUCGAUCAAAGGAGGAUUCACGUCCCAUUCAAAAGGAUUUGGAGCCCAAAACCAAACUUUUACCUGGGAAAAUAGAAUUCACUCAACAACCAGGCAGGCAGAAUUUAGGAGAUGUUCACAUCUUUUCUGAAAAUCUGCAAGCUCCUAUGCUUGAGACCUUAAAUCAAAGGGACAAUGUGAAUUCAGUUGGUACCAUUCUUGAUGUAAAACACCUCAGACAGUUACCAAAGUUGUUCUGAAUUGCUUUGAUUUCUUUUUUUUAAAUAAACUAUCAACCAGCAGUUAAUGGACUUGGAGCCUUGUCAAGGUUAAACGAGAUUACAAGAAGCCCGUGAGGGCCUUGGGCUUUUUUAGGUCAUUUAAUGCACCUUGGCACCAAAUGAUUGACAAAACUGAGUGUAAAAUCUACCUGUGCUCCAGUGACUCGCCACACGCUCAGCUCAUGAGGGUUUGGCUUUCAGAUUUGCGAGUCCAUAUGCACUUUGGUUUACAGUCUGAAUAUAUGUUACAUAUCCAAAAGGUCAAGCAGUUGAGAGUGGUACCCAGUUUGUGUCCAUUCUUAAACAUGCCUCUAAUGAUGUCUGUUUGUAACAGUUCAGAGAUUGCAUUUUUAUUGAGCAUCGACUCCACUUUUUAUAUAAAUUUAGACCAGCCUUGAGCCAUAAGGUAUGCUGUAUAUUUUUUGUGGAUUUUUUUAAAAAUACAAAGAGAAUGAAAGCACUGAAUUCUGAAAUUCACCCAAGACGAUCCUGAUCUUUGUAUCAAAUUGCUUGCAUCCGUCCGGAUUGGACACAUAAUAAACACUUAAUUUAUGUAUCAUGAAAGCUUAACCAGGAAAGUUGGUAAGUUGUAGCACUUUUUAUACCUUUUGUGGAAUGAAUGCCUAUAUAUUUGAAAAGUAAAUAUUAAUCAUUCAGAGCAGGUGUUCCAUAAGCAACAAAGAUCAAUAGGUUAGUUUUAUAUCUUCUUCAUUUUGCUGUGGUGUUUAAUCUAUGAGACAUUUACCACUUAACAAUCACUGUUAAUUUAAAGUCAAUGACCAAGUACAACAGCUAUAGUGAUGUUUCACAUGGUUUCAAACUUUCUAACAACACUAAGAAGUUUGAGAUGGGCAAGCUGAUUGGUUUAUUUGUUCUUCUGUGUUAAUAUGUAAAUUAACCUGUCAUCAAAGCUCUGGAGUACAUUACUGAACUGGCCUUUUUGUAAUCCUGUAAUAGUUGAUACAUUCUUUGAGUUUGAAUCUAAUAAAUUAUUCAUUCUUUAAAUG